GUUAAAACACUUCUUUUUUCCUCGAAUUCAUCGUGAAACUCAGCUAGACCUUGCUUGAGCGUCAGUCGAUGUCACUUCAUGUAUCUUGAAGCCUUCGAUGCGUCACAUGAUGUUGCUACGAUGUCUCGAAACACUCUUGUCGGCUUCUGAGCCGAAUUAAUCGGCGAGAAUGCAUAUGUAACGUUUCAGAGGAAACUGCUACCAAUUGAUUGGUUUUCCUGUCCCGAUCGAGAACCGCAACUGACGCUAUUUUAUCCGAUUUCAGUACAGAUUGUCUUCACGCACUUCGUGCGACGUAGCAUGUUUGUGUUGCGAUCGCCCCCUCAUUGCGAGCGCAGUGUUGUGGGGAAUGGUGGCCUCGUAUGUACGUACAAGGAGGUUACCCCGUGAGGAAGUAUUGGGGCUAGUGGCCAUUCGACCCCUGCACUGGCACGAGGAAAAACCUUGAAAAUAUUAGUUACGUCACUCGAAGCAGCCUUGAGUGCAGUCCCACGUGGCUUGCGUAUAAUCUUCCAUCUGCUACGUUUUCUUUACUUGCUUUUUUUUUACAGCUUGAAGGGGAAACUCUUCUCAUCCGAGAAGUCGCGAAAGAUCGCACGAUUACCAGUUUGCGUCGGGCUGCCCGAGGAAGCCGCGCGUGGACCUUUUUUUUUCCGGGACGUCAUGAGUUUGUCGUAAGCUUCACUUUCGCUGCCAGCAGGCUUGCACGUUAUUCGCGAGCGAGCAGUCUUGACGACAACGACGACGAGCGCGCGCAAGGGGGCUUUUUUGUACCUGUCGAUGGACAUGAAUGAGGAUUUGUGUUGCAGAGACUGGCCAACAGCCACACCGAGGACUGGGCUCGAUUCGGAUGGCAGGAGAGCGGCCAUGGCCAGCAUAAACGGGGACACGACGGCUACCGCCCGGGUGCCGUCACCACAGCCGCCAAUGCCCUGGUUUGGCAUGGACAUUGGAGGAACAUUAGUAAAGCUGGUUUAUUUUGAGCCCGCGAUCGAAGAUGGACCAGCAACUACAGAGGCUCUGGAACGUAUCAAGCACUACUUGAAGAAGAAUGCUGCGUAUGGGCAGUCAGGCAAGCGAGAUGUUCAUUUACAGAUGGAUGGUGUUGAGGUCGGUGGCAUCGAGGGUACGCUGCACUUCAUUCGUUUCCCUACAAGUGAGAUGCCUCGUUUCUUGGAGCUAGCCAAGGCGAAGGGAAUUGCCAGUUUAGCCUCUACAGUGUGUGCUACAGGUGGUGGAGCUCACAAGUUUGAAAAUGAUUUCCGCACUCAGGUGGGCCUUGGUCUGCAUAAAUUUGAUGAAAUGGACUCCCUGAUUCGUGGUAUACACUACAUGGAAGCCCACAACAGUCGAGAGUGCUAUUACUACAGCAGUCCUAUGGAGCGAUGUGUCAAAAUGCCGUAUGACUUCAGCAAUCCAUACCCUUACCUUGUUGUAAACAUUGGCUCAGGGGUGAGCAUGCUAGCAGUGAGAUCGCCUACCGAGUAUCACCGCGUAACUGGCACUAGUCUCGGCGGUGGCACUUUUCUUGGGCUCUGCUGUCUGCUGACUGGUUGUGAAACUUUUGAGGAGGCUAUUGAACUUGCCCAGAAAGGGGACAGCACUCAUGUUGACAAGCUUGUGCGCGAUAUCUAUGGUGGCGACUACCCCAAGUUUGACCUACGUGCCGACACUGUGGCUAGCAGUUUUGGGAACAUGAACUGCAAGGCUCGACGAGAUGCUGCCUCGCGGGAAGACCUUGCCCGGGCAACACUGGUUACCAUCACCAACAACAUCGGCUCCAUUGCUCGCAUGUGUGCCAUCAACGAAGGCAUCUCUCGUGUCGUCUUUGUGGGCAACUUCCUGCGGGUCAAUCCCAUUUCAAUGCGCAUGCUGGCAUAUGCCAUGCAGUUCUGGUCCAAAGGCACACUUAAAGCCCUUUUCUUGGAGCAUGAGGGCUAUUUUGGUGCUGUUGGCUGCCUGCUGGAGCUGAUGAAGGCUUGUAGCUAGCCACACAUUCCAUGCUGCCAUGGUGUGGCACAUUCCUGUGAUAUAGGCAGCCCUUUGUCAAAAGCUGGCCUGGUUUGACUGCUGCCAGAUGGUAUCCACUCUGCUCCCUACACUAUGCUGUCACCAAGCGGCUUGGCACACUGGUUAGGAGAACCUCUUUCAAUGUGAUCUUCACCAGCUUGACGCACAACACCUAUGAUCCAGCUGCCAGCCAUCUUUUGGUGGCAUUGGUGCUAUGCUGGCCUUGGAAAUGGACAGAUAGUUAUUAUCUGUGCCUCAGGUUAUUACUGCAUAAGCUCCUUCAGGGAACAGUGCUUUUUGAGUCUCUGAAAAUCCCACAUAGUAUUCCAAAAGGUGUUCUCUCUCCACUUAACAUUUGGGUGUGUGUUUUAAAGGCGGCUUUAGGAAUCGACGUAUUGUCAAUUUCAUACUUUUAUAGUGUCAUCUUUUUGUUGUCCACAACUUUUACCUAUUAAGGAAAAUUAUUCAUUGUGGGAUUAGGCAGAACUUAUUGUGACUCUUUUCUAAUAUUAAACUUUCUGCCUUUUAUCCCACAGGAGAGUGCAAACAAGGUGUUCUUUAAAAAAAAAAAAAGAAAAGAGAGAACUACUUGCAAUGACCACACAAGUGCCAUGUGAUUAUGGCAAUUGUGAAUGUUCGAUCAAAGGAUAAAAAUAUUAAGUGUAUGUUCAAAAUAAAAAAAAAAGUUAAACAGCAAAA